GGUGUCUGUCUUUAUUCCUUAAUCCAACAUAUCAUACAGAAACAGAUACUGUUAGUUGAAGUACUGUUCACUCUCGCUAGCUACAUUAUGCCACUACUAUCCCUGAGAAAGGAAAAUAUUUGUCGACGAGGAUGGGAUUCGAACCCACGCGUGCAGAGCACAAUGGAUUAGCAGUCCAUCGCCUUAACCACUCGGCCACCUCGUCCUCUGAGUCAUAUCAGGUACCCAAAACACAAUUUAUCUCAAACCCAUUACAAACCACAACUUUACUGUUAUGAAUGUAUUUGGGUUAUGUUAUUCAAGAGAGCAUUUUCAUAAAAUAGCAUAUUUGAACAUGCAGUUGUUUGCUACGAACACAAUAAAUGGUCCAUAUUAUGUCAAACAAGCUAGCUACAUGCCCUUCUAUUCUAGGGUUUGUGGUAGAAAAGCGCAGACAUGCGUCACAACACCACAGGGGGGGUCGUCACUAGUUACCAUAGCCACAAAGUCAUAAACCCCGCUUUUCUACAAUUGAUCUUCUUAAAAUCUGAUUUUAAACCUAACCAUAACCUUAACCACCCUGCUAACCGUAUGCCCAACCUUAACAUCAAAUUAAAUUAAGACCAAAAAGCAAUUUUUUGUUUUCUUGAUUUUUUACGAUAUCUACCAUUCUCCAAACGUCCGAAUGUGAUGUUGUUUUGAAAUACUAUGAGAUUGACAGAACCACAUAUCAUCAAAUAUGAAGGAGGCCCAUGCAAUGAUUUCACGAUUUAAAAUGUUAUCGAAACCUGUGGCAGCACUGCGUAAUGUCAACUGCACGAGACAGUCGAGGCAAGCCCUCCCAAAAUGCCGAAAUGAGCUCCGUGUAGCUAGUUAGCUAGCUAGCCACCUAGCAGUGGUCAAUUUGAUAGCUACCUGUAGCAUAUUGCUAAAGUAUUUUGCUGUAUGUGGUGUACAUGUAGUGUUCGGAAAUGCAUUUCUAUAAGAAAUGUUCCGUGUUUAAAGUGGUGCUCGGCGCUCUGGUAAUGGUGGCACUCUUGCAACUGAACUACCUUUCCUUCCUAUCGAAACUGCACGGUAAGCAGCAGCGCUACCGAUACAGUGGGGGAAAAAAGUAUUUAGUCAGCCACCAAUUCUCUGGCAAGAAAAAUGCCCACUUGGAGAAAAACUCACGGAAAGAGCGUCUCAGGUACUCUCUGUCCACGGGGGGUAUAUUUGAUGCUAGCGGGAAAUACCGGUACAAAAACUUGAUCAAAAGCGAUUUCUCCACCAAUCAGAAGCCAGGAGCGGAUGCAAGCUUGCACCUCUUGGCCUUAGCAACGCACACAUCCAUCAACAGCUUGCAUCACCUGGACUCUUUGGUGGAACGUUGGCAGAACCCUCUCUCUGUGGCCAUAUUCGCACACGGGAAAGAUGUCAAGUUUGCCACAGCCCUGGUCUACGCCCUCAGCAUCUUCUGCCCUCAGAUCCAGGCCUUGGUGGACUUCCACUUAGUGUGCCACUCUGGGGAGAUUGCAAGUUUCCCCGAGCAGGACCGGGAGCAUUUUGCCGGUCUGGAGGACUGUGCCGCGGUGUUAGCCAGGCUGGAGACGCACAGAGACAAAUACCAGAACUACGCCAUCGGGGGUAACGUCUCCUAUCCAAACAAUCUUCUUCGGAACGUUGCCAGCGGCGUCGUGGAAGCCAACUACAUCCUGGUCAUCGACAUCGACAUGGCGCCCAGUGCCGACCUCCACCAGCAGUUCCUGGCGCUGGUCAUGAGACGUGAACCUGCCACAGACGAGGUCUUCGUCCUGCCUGCCUUCGAGAUCCGCCAUGUACACAAGAUGCCUGCCACCAAGUCAGAGCUGGUGCAGCUGUACCAGGUGGGAGAGGUGCGGCCCUUCUAUGAGGAGCUGUGCCCACGGUGCCAGGCCCCCACCAACUACUCCCAGUGGGUGAAUAGACAUAGCCAAGGCUUGGGGCCCCUGGACAAGGCCUAUACGUUAUCCUGGGUGGACCCCUGGGAGCCUUUCUACAUCGGGCCUCGCACCGUGCCCCUGUACGAGGAGAGCUUCAGGCAGUACGGCUUUAACGGCAUCACCCAGGCCUGUGAGCUCCACGUCGCGGGCUACAGAUUCUCCGUCCUCAACUCUGCCUUCGUGGUGCACAAAGGGUUCAAAGUUCAGGGCGAGUUCCACAGCAGGAAGGACGAGGAGAACCGAAGGAACCGCCUCCUGUUCCGCAGCUUCAAGGAGGGCCUAAAGACCAAGUACUCCUCCUCCCCUCGACGCUGCUGAGGAGACAAGGUGAGAACACUGGUGCCUGAUUUACACUAUAGGGUAAAACUAUGGGUUGACCUGGUUACGCAUCCACCAUAGUUGCUGGGUAGGACCAUGUGAGAACAAAAUAUCAGAGCCAGCACAGUACGGUUUGGCCCUAUAGUGUGAAUUAGCAUUGGAUCACUUCUCCCUAAGUACGGGCUAGGUGUUGAUUUGGAGUUCAGCACUCCUAUGAGUUCAAAAGACUUCUGUCCAGCAAGAAAUCAACAAAUUACUAACUGCACUACAACACAAACAUGAACUGAUCACUGGUCCUUGAAUUUCUGCUCAUUUGUCCAAGUCGUUCAACCACUAGAUGGUAAUAGACAGACACUUGAUUGCAAGGUUUUCAUAUCAACAUCAUAAUCAGCGUUACCCAUGUAUUGACAGUGAGGGUGGUCCUGUCAUUUCCAGUGCCCGCUGAAGACCACACCAUUUUUUGUAAAUAGUACAUUGUUCUAUACAAGCUGGGUUUGGUUGACACUCCCAUAGAGAGAUGUAUCUAGUGGGAAAGAGUGACAAGUGUUUUGAGUCUAACACUGCUAUGAUACCAGUGUGUUAACUGGAAAAAAGUUAGUUGUGUUUACCUGCAGGUAUAACAAAACACUGUAUGGUUAGCAUUUUUUUUUAAGUGUAAAGAGUUAUUAUUAUGAACACAUAUGUUGUUUUCUUUAAUAGGGAUGUUGACAGAGGUCACGUAUGAGCCCCUAGGUCAUGUCCCAAAUGGCACCCUAUUCCCCAUAGACUACUUGGGGAACAAUGGGGUGCCAUUUAGGACGUAGCCAUAGUCUUCAUCCUGGUUAUUUUGCGUUGUGAAAAUAUGGUACAGUAUUACUAUUUUGCGUAGCGAUGGUGACUGACUUGUUAGCCCUGUGAAGGACUAACUGCAGCACAGGAAAGCCAGAACUCUGUUCUCCAACCACUAAUUAAUAAUGUUCUUUAGUUAUUUGGGAGUGAAAAAAAAAGUAUAUAUUUUUUGUUGUUUACAUAUUAGUCAUUGUGUGAUAUUUUUCAAAUGUAUUGUUUUCUCUCCCUGACCUGAGAAUGACUUUCUCGUUUCAGUUGUGACAAACUUAUCAAACAGUAUCAAUGCUUUAUGUUUGGAUUCCUA